AUGAUGAGGUCUUUUGAGCAAACAAGCGAGGGUGAUAUGUCUGCAGCACAUCGGCAAAUUGUCGCCGUGGUUGGUGAUCAAUUUCUCACUUUGACAAAUCGACUGGUGGAUGCUGUGGGUAAUGAUAGCACCACGUCCGUUUUUCAUUUGGAUACCAAGUACUAUCAAGCACAUGUAGGCGUUCGCCAUUUCCGUAAUGGUGCUGAACUUUUGAAGAUGCAUAAACAAGAGCCUGAUCUCAUGAUCGGGGCCAUAAUCCUCAAACUUGGUACAAAAACCGAGCUAGAGAUCAUGGAACAUGUCGUGAAAAAAGUCGACUGCGAUUCUCACGUUCUGGUGGUUGAUCAUAGCAUGCACGAUAAUUUGAAUUUUGCACAGUCGUGGGCUCACAGCUUCCGAUUUGAGCUCGUCAUACUGAAUCCUGAUGCGAGUCAGCGAGAAGAAGCCAAAUCCUUGAACGAAAAGUGUGGCAUCGCUAGAGUACUUGAAGUCAUCGAAAACGUUGCCUGGCAGCUGAAAAAAGACAAUUUCAAAAAGAUUACGGGUAAACAAGGACUGGACCGUUUGCUAGCGAUUAUUGAGGCUAUGAGUGAAAGCAGUGAGGAUUCAGAUUUGGAGCCGGAUGACGAAGAUAAAGAGGCUAUAUGGCAAGCAUUCAGUUCGUGCGGUAUCCCACCGCAAGCACCUGAAACUACAUCUCCUUCGGCAGUCUCAAAAGACGGGGAAUGUGAAGCAACUGUCUCUGUUGAUGUGACUAUUGUAAAAAACGAGAGGGAACCUGAUCAAUGGUUUUCAGGGUUACUAGAGAACAAGGCCAAGGGUAUUCCUGAUGCUCCGGUGUCUACGGAUUUUAAUUUCUUCCAGGCUAUAAAAGACACCCGUGAUGCCAAUAUGAAACUGCUUGACCCGGCAAAACGUGCAGACAAUGCAGCCGCACUUCUUUCCAAAAUUGUCGAUCUCAACAUAAAGGACAAGGAUGACGUCUGUGAUAAGAAAAAUCAAUAG